GUUGAAUAAAAACGUUAUGAAAUUAGGUGGUGGAGUGUCGUAUGUAAUUGCUAGACUCAAAUAGGAAGGUGUAGUGUUUUUAGAAAAUAGUUGUAGUGUUUUUAGACGUACUGGAUAAAUGUAUCGUAGCUGUUUUUUUAAAUUAAACGUUAACCAUUAUUGAGUUAAACCGUAUCCAAAACCGGUCUACAUAGUAUGCGGUGCAAGCAGUAUGCUUAUGUACGAAUACCUGUUAUCAUUGAUCUCAAUAGUGCAACCUUGAAAUUUUGCGAUUUGAGGUUUUCGCACUUCGUAACUCGGUUCGAAAGUCUCGUGAGGUAUUCAUAUUACAUACCUCACUUAGUCAUUGUAGUACCUUUUCAUGUACUAGUCUUUUUGAUGCUGCUAGCCAAGUCAUUCCUACGGCUCUUCGCUCUUCAAAAAAUUAUAUCAGAUAAGAUCUACGGCAAAUUUAGUACAAUGGUUUCACACAACUAUGAACAUCGCGAUGGCUUAAGUGUAGGUAGAUACUCACUUCCCUCAUCUCAACACCACGGACAACCAAUGCAACGCCCCAGCCGCCAAUGGGUCAGUACCAGACAGUCUCUCUUCGUCUUGUUCAUCACCUUGACCUGCUUUACCCCCUUUUCUUCCUUCCUCACCCUGGGAGCGGAGCGAGAAUCAACUGUUAAGUAACAGCAUUGAUAUCAUGACUACCUGGGCGGUUCGUCAAGCUGUCUUCAAUAGCCAAACCCGACAUAUCCUUAUACAUUGCAACCCUCCACC